CCUACCUGUGGGCUCUGUUAAAAACUCCUAAAAAUAAUUACGAAGCUAUAGGAGACUAUGAGUGUUUCGAUUAAUUUACAAACUUUCGGUGGUUUUUAGGAAGUCGGUGUGCUUCUUUAUCAGGGCGAUGUUUCAUCGCAACAUCAUCUCAGAGCAGUGUUUACAGCAUCAGGGGGAAAUGUAAUAAUGAGACACGUUUUUAAUGUCAGCAGGGCGACAGCGUGUUAGAAGACACCAUGGUGAACAAGGAGGAUUUGGAAAAAAGCCUGAAAAAGCUGCUUGUGCGGCUGAAGAACAGUUUAGAGGAAGGAAAGCAGCUGGGCACCAUGGUCCAAAUCGUCCAGGAUCUCCUGUUUCUGGCAUUCACAGAUGACGGGGCAGAAGAGCUCUUUCAAGACAAAGAUGUCCAUGAGCCAUUGAUGCUGCUAUUGUCAUCUUGCAGCAACAGCAAACUUCAGCAGGUGGGAUGGUCCCUGCUGUGCCGGCUGAUCGAGCUCUGUCCCACCACCCUGGACAAGUUGGUGCAACCGCUGCAGGCUGGAAAGAGCUGGGAGGUUCUCGGGGUGCACCAGCAGAUUCUAAACAUGCUGACUUUGCAUCAAAAAGACCUGAAGGUGAUCAUGGUAGGGCUGCGAGCUCUAGCCUUGUUGCUGAAGUCAGAUGAGCUGAUCUUGCAGGUUCUAGAGGAGGAGAUGGAUGUGUUUGAGCUGGUGGUAGAGGCCAUGAAGGCUUUUCCUCAAAGCGAGGAGCUGCAACUCCAAGGCUGCUCUGCUCUCUGCCUGCUGCUGGAGAAAGUUCCAGAAGAACAUCAGGUGGAGUUUAUUGAGAAGAAGGAUCAUGCCGUGGUUCUGAAUGUGCUCAGGAGGUUCAAGGACAGUGAGAACGUGGUGUUGUCUGCACUGCAUGUUCUCAUACCAUUGGCUGAGCCUGCAAGCAAUGUAGAGAUCCUGAUGUCCAAGACUGAAAAAUGCUACAGCUUAGUUUGUCAGGCAGUGGAGGCGUUCUCACAGUCAGAGGCUGUCCAGGAGGUGGGCUGCUGCCUGCUGUGGAAAUUUACUUCAGAAAGUUACUUCAGUAUCUUGGUGCAGAAUGGUGUGCACAGAGUGGCAGUGAAAGCGUGUCUCUCCUACCCUGACAAUAGCAAGAUCCAGGCUGCUGCACUGUCCUGUCUGGCUGCACUCACAAAGACAAUCCUCGAGAAUGAAGAUCUCAAGAAGGCAUACAGCAAGGAUGAGGAUGAAAGAGGUAAAGAAGAUGGUGAGGACAAUAAUGAGGAGGAAAGCCUGGUUUGGAGAGAGGCUUGCUGCACAGCUUUAGAGAGACAUAGUGACAGUGCUGAAGUGCAGGAGGCUGCUUGUUGGGCAUUAAACAGCUUGUUGCUCUAUGGCAGUGCACGCAGUAUAUAUGAGGAACCCAAAGAAAGGCCUCCUGUAUAUAUACAGGUAAUGACUGUGAUGCUUGUGCACUCUUCAAGCUUUGGUGUGUUUCAGGCUGCUGCAUCUACAUUGGGCACACUCAUACGCCGACAUAGUAAGAUGAGGUCUCGACUCCUGGCCAGUGGCAUUCAUUACAACAUUGUGGAUCUGAUGAAGAGACAUGCCAACUCCACUGAAGUGUGUGAGAGUGCCUGCAGGCUUCUAUACGCACUUUUCCAGGGAGGCAGGAGUGUCAGUCUGGAUGAAGGGUUCAUGGCUCUAGGUCAGAUUUUGAUUGCUAUGAAGGAGCAUAACUUCCAGCCUGAGGUACAAUUGGAAGGCCUGAGAGCCAGCCUGGUGCUGCUCAACCCGGACCGCAGUUUGAGGGAGCAUGGCGUAUCUGUAGCAGAUCCAGACACGUCAGAUGUAUCUCUCAGGGUGCUAAAAAAUCAGUGUGUGGUAGAGGAAGCUCAUACUGUCUACCUUCAAGCCUUAAACAGGUUCAUCAGCAGUGAAGAUAUUCAGGAGUGUGGGCUUGCUGUUCUGUCUGCGCUGGCUGAUUGUUCUGGAGCUGUUGAUGUAAUGUGCCAGCAGGGGGCGAUAGACACAGUGCUGCACACACUACAGAUGUUUCCUCAGCAAAGCAAGAUUCACUACUGGGGUCUGAGCCUUCUGUUUCAUCUCAUCACAAAAAAGAAGCUGUCACACAUGAUGGUGCCCGUGUUGGUGUCUGUUCUUGUCGCCUCUGUGAGGCAGCACAAGGGCAGUCCAGAGAUGCAGCGCAAAGGUUUUCAGGUGAUAUGGAAACUGUUGGACACCUGCUCAGGAGCAGCAGUCGAGCUGGAGAAAGAAGGCUUUGAGAAAGAGAUCUUCCAACAGCUGAGGGAAAGCUCUCCUGAUCAUAGAUAUGGUCUAAAGCUAAGCUGCCUGUGUCUGUCAAAGAUGGUGGUGGACAGUGAGAUCCGCUACCGCAUGCUGGAAAGGGCAUGUGAAGAGGGCGACGUCAUCAUGGCUGAGUGUCUUAUCCAGCUUGGAACUGACGUCAAUAAAAAAACCAAGACAGAGUCUCUGAUAUAUCAGGUGUGUGAGCGUGGCGGGCCGCUGGCCCUGGUUGAGGUGCUGGUCAGCAGUGGUGUGCAUGAACAGCAGUUGCGUGGCGCUCUGAGUGUGUGUGUGAGGAGGAAAGAUGGCCCUGUGGUCGUCCUCCUGCUGGCUCGUCUGGGUCUGGACCCCGCCAACAGCGCCCUCUGCUUGGGAGGCUUCAGACUCGGCCAUCUCGAGGCCACAUGGCUUAGUGUACUGCUCUCUGAAUGCAGUGUUCCCCCUACUGCACAGAAGAGGAAUAGUAAAGGGCAGUGGCUGGCGAGAAAGAUAAAAUCACAGAGUGUUGUGAACACUUCCGAAUAUUUCUCUGAUAAUGAGAGUGAUGACUCUUUUCACACAACUCUGGAUGACGGCGUGUUUUUUACAUUUGAAGGCAUUGAGAGCGAUGGAAGUGAUAGCCCUGCUUCAGGGAGGACCUGCUGUGAUUCACCAGAUGAAUUGAGGGGACGCUCGAAAGUGAGGCAGCAUGAGCGAUCCAGACGUGCCAUUUCAGAGGGGAACAAUGGUGACCCCGAUCUCAAUUAUUCCUUUAAAAGGAGACUGGAAAGCAGGAAGGGCAAGACCCAAAGAGGACUGGUGUUUUCUGAGAGUUCCUCCCACGGGGGAUCACUGUCAAGUGUGGACAGAGAUCGCAUAAGACUGCUCGAUCUAUCAGGCAAUGAGCUAGACUCUCUCUCAUGCUUGAUGGAUGAUGGGACUGUCCAACAACAGCUUGAGCAUCUACUACGUCUGGAUUUGAGCAGCAACAACCUAGCAGAGUUUCCCAGUGCUCUCUGUCAGAGCUUGCGAAGCCUCACUCGACUGGAUCUUCAAGGCAACCAGUUGCAAUCACUUCCUGCUGAACUGUUGAGCCUGCCCUCAUUAAGCAUGCUCAACGUGUCACGAAACUGUGUCGGUCCUGAGCUCUGUUUGGACCCACAUGUGUGCUGUCCAACGCUCCGCCAGCUGAACCUUUCUUUUAACCACAUCACUGUUUUUCCAUAUAAUCUCAGCCAAGUCAUGGAAAAUCUAGAAGAUCUCUCACUAGAGGGGAAUCAAAUCUCAGAACUCUCUCUUCCUCUCUGUCUCGCUGAAAUGAAGGUGUUUGAUGUUUCAAAGAACAAAUUAACAAAGAUCUCUGAUGGCUUAUUGUCUGCAUGCACCAAGCUGGAAACAUUCAAUGCCUCAGUUAACAAUCUUAGUUGUUUGUUACAACUUCCUUCUAAAAUCACAACGUUGAAAUUAUCCCAGAACAACUUUGAAAGUGUUCCCGAAUCAAUUAUCAGUCUACCAAAUUUACGAUCAGUGGACAUGAGGAGUAAUAGUAUCAGGGUUCUGCCAGGUCCAGCUGUCUGGGCCAGUAGUAACUUAAGAGAGCUGAUAUUCAGCGAGAACCAGAUCUCUGUGCUGGACCUCAGAGAACCUGUGUAUAAUUGGAUCCGACUGGAGAAACUGCAUCUGAGUGAUAACAAGCUGACUGAGCUUCCUCGUCAGAUCGGGCUGCUAGAGGAGUUGACCUCUCUGGAUGUCAGUGGUAACUCUGGUCUGCGCUCUUUCCCUGAUGAGAUGGGUAAGCUGGUUCGGCUGUGGGAUUUGCCCUUGGACAGAUUGCAGCUACAACUGGACCUCAAACACAUUGGUAACAAGACCAAAGACAUUGUCAGGUACUUUCAGCACCGUCUGAAGAAGGCUGUUCCGUAUUUCCGGAUGAAGUUAAUAGUGGUAGGGAAUGCAGGUAGUGGGAAGACCACUCUGAUCCAGCAGCUGAUGAAGCUCAAGCGUUCUCAGUGGUACUAUAACAUACACUCUUCAAGUAUCAUCGUCAGAGACUGGAGCAUCAGAGACCGCGAUAAGAAAAACAUGGUCCUGAAUGUGUGGGACUUCUCAGGUGGAGAGGAGUACAGUGGCUUCCAUUCUCAAUUCAUGAGCUCCAGAGCUCUCUACUUGGUGCUGUAUGACCUGAGUAAAGGACCCAGUGAGCUGGACACCAUCAGACCCUGGCUCUUCAAUAUCAAAGCACUCGCCCCUGUUGCUCCUGUGAUUCUGGUUGGCACUCAUUUGGACGUAUGUGAGGAUGACCUGGUACAGGAGUGUGCACUUAAGAUCCAGGAGGUGUUGUCCCAGCCGCUUUUUCCAAACAUUCGGGAGCGCCACAUGCUGUGUGCCUGUGAGGAGUCUGACUCUAUCAGCAGACUGCGCAAGGCCAUUGCCAGAGAGGCCAGCAGCUUUAAGAUCCAGGGGAAGCUGGUAAUGGGGCAGCUGGUUCCAGAUUGUUAUGUUGAGCUGGAGCGGAAGCUUCUGCAGGAGCGGAGCCGUUUGCCUGUUGAGUUUCCUGUGCUCAGGCACCAACGCCUCCUGCAGCUCAUUGAGGAGAGCCAGCUGCUACUUGAGGAGGGAGAACUUGCCCAUGCAGUUCGCUUCCUCAGUGAGACGGGUGUGCUCCUGCACUUUGAUGACCCUGCACUGCAACUCCGAGACUUGUACUUUAUUGAUCCCCAGUGGCUCUGCAACACCAUCUCACAGAUUCUCACUCACAAGAGCCUGCGUGACAACUCUAGAGGGGUGAUGCAGCGCUCAGCUGUGGAGAAAUUUCUCCGUGAGAGCCACUUCUUCCCAAAAGGUCACCUUAUACACUACUUUAAACUGCUGGAAAAGUUACAAAUUGCCUUGCCCUUGGGAGAUGAGCAGCUCCUGGUGCACUGCAGCUUGUCUGAUCACAAGCCAGUGAUUGAGAUUCCUCACUGUGAGAAUUCAGAGAUCAUUGUGAGGGUAUAUGAGAUGCCUUAUUUCCCAAUGGACUUCUGGUCCAGACUGAUCAGCCGGCUUCUGGAAGUCUCAUCAUUCAUGCUCCGGGGUAGAGAGAAAGCUUUGAGGCCAAAUCGAAUAUACUGGAGGACAGGGGUAUACCUGAACUGGUCUGCUGAGGCGUAUUACCUAGUGGAAGCCUUCUCAGUUGUGAACAGCCCUGCCAGCUUUGUUCGGAUCACUGUGCCUUGCUCCCGUAAAGGUCAUGUGUUGUUAGGCCAGGUGGUUGAUCAUAUUGACUCUGUACUGGAGGAGUGGUUUCCUGGCCUCCUCAACACUGAUAUACAAGGUGAUGGGGAGACACUGCUGAAGAGGUGGGUAUUGUACAGCUUUGAGGACGCACAGGACUGGAACAAGAUGUUGCUGCAGGAUCUACUCAAACACACUGAUAAAGAUGGUUUGUUGGUGAACCCAGAGGACCCUCUCUGUACAAUCCCCAUCUCCCAGAUCUGCCCUGACCUCAUACUGAGUGACCAGCCAGCUAGUAUCAUGUUGGAUCCUGAGGAUCUAGAAAUGGUUCUUUCCAAAGAGUGCUUACUUGGAGAUGGAGGCUUUGGCUCAGUGUACAGAGCAAUAUACAAAAAUGAACAUGUUGCUGUGAAGAUUUUCAACAAACAUGCAUCCGAGCUCUAUGCUCAUAGAUUAGUAAGACAGGAGUUGGCUGUGUUUGGCAGACUGCACCAUCCCAGUCUGGUGGAGCUACUGGCUGCAGGAAGCUUCCCCCAUGUGCUGGUGAUGGAACUGGCUCCAUGUGGUUCUCUCGACUCACUGUUUGAACAUGAGAAGGGCAGCUUGAAUCGCAAACUGCAGCACAGGAUCGCACUGCAGGUGGCUGAUGGUCUCAGAUAUUUGCACUCUUCAAUGAUAAUCUACCGGGACUUGAAACCUCACAAUGUGCUGCUGUUCAAUCUUAAGACAGACUCGGAGAUGAUAGCUAAGCUGACUGACUAUGGCAUCGCUCAGUACUGCUGCAGUAUGGGAGUCAAGAGCUCUGAAGGCACUCCAGGAUUCAGAGCACCAGAAGUUGCUCGUGGUAACGUGAUCUAUAAUGUCCAGGCAGAUGUUUAUUCAUUUGGUCUGCUGCUAUAUGAUCUUUUGACCUGCGGAGAAAGAAUAUCAGAUGGUCUGAAGUUCCCCAGCGAGUUUGAUGAAAUAGCCGUGCAGGGAAAGCUACUGGACCCGGUGAAACACUACAAAUGUUCACCCUGGCCAGGGUUUCAGAACCUAAUGAAGGAGUGUCUGAGAGAGAACCCAGAGAACAGACCCACAUCUGCACAGGUGUUUGAAUGUCUCAAUUCAGGAAAGAUGCUGUGUCUGAUUAGUGAGUUGACUCUGCCUGGGCUGUCCUGCGAGUGUUUCACCAUCCCCUGUCCCAGUGAAGGUUUGGGUGGAAGUGUGAAUGGUGGUGCUGGGGCUCAAGUAUGGAUGGGAGGUGGCAGUAGCAGCCAGAAGCGUGGCUUUGUCACAUGUGUGGAUGUAGAGACAGAGAAACGAUCCACACGGGAGAUUGAACAAAGCCCCGUCCUCUGCCUGGUGACUGUCAGAGUGCCUGGAGAGGUCCACGACUGGUUAGUUGCAGGAACGCAGAGUGGCUCACUGGUGGUUAUGGACACAAGGAACAUUACAGUUUUGCACUGUUUACAGAGAGCAAAGGAUGCAGUGACCUCACUGUUCUUCCACACACCUUCUCAACGCAGCUACUUAAAGAACUAUCUGUUGGUGGGAACAGCAGAUGGAAUGCUCGUCAUUUAUGAAGAUUCCGUUAUAAAGCGUGCUGAUGGUGCUCCAGUCAAGCUUGUGCAGAUUGGGAAUGCGAACACACCCCUGAUGUGUCUGGCUCCAUCUGGCCACUAUCAGGACCGUACCACGCUGUGGGCUGCCUGUGGCACCAGGGUGCUCUCUCUGACCGUGGACUAUGACAUUUCUAAGAUUAUAAACACCAGGUUUACAUUUUAUCACAGUCAGCAGCAUCUGGCCAGCAGUGAGGCGUGUAUCUCUCAGCUCGUCGUUGAGAAAUAUGUGUAUCUGAGCAAAAAUGGAGGACACAGUGUAGAAGUGUGGGACAAGAAAAGUGGAAAGAUGAUUGACUUCAUUGACUGUUUGCAGUUACUCAGGAAGGUCAGAGCUGUGAGUGCUGACAGGUCCAGAGAAAUGGAGUCAUUGUGGGCUCGUGUGAAGGCUCUGCUGGUACAGCAUAAUGGCACACUGUGGAUAGGCACUGGAUCUGGACUCAUCCUGCUGGUGGAUCUGCCUACACGUCAGCUACUACAGGUUAUCAACCCUGGCUGCCAUUCAGUGCGCACUAUGGCCUCCGUGCUGAUCGAGAAACAAGGCCAAAAAAGUGUGAUUCUGAUGUUGGGCAGACGUAUUCACAUGUCUCAAAAGAAGAUCAAGUCUCAAUCAUAUACGGAUGCUGUGUUGAUGAUGUGGAGUAGUACUCUGUCUCAGGAAGUAAAGGAUCUGAACAGACAAUGUGGGCUGAGAGAGCAGAUUGCAUACAAAAUGCAAGAACAGGCCCGUGACUGAACUAUAUUGUCACAUCUGCCAGACUUAACACUAGUAUAAAUUAUCACCACUUCAUUGUUCACCGAUUGUGAAUUUGUGUUAUUUCAUUGGAAAUGAAAAAGGGAUCCGUGUUUAUUCACUCUGUUGGUAAAAAUGUUGCACAAUUAAGGAAAAGCUCUUUUUAUACUUAUUUUAGAUACCGUUUGUUUGGUCAGUAUUGUCUUGUAUACCAACUUUCUUCGCAGUAUAAAAGCUAACUUGUCUCUGGGGAAAUAUUUAACAAUUAUUCCAUGAAAUCGAGUCAUACAUGAGCUGAUGGCCGACGAAGCAUGUAGUUGGCUAUAAGCCAUGUACGACGAGACUGAGUAGAACAACUGUUUUAUUCUAUCCACAUUCACUGGAUUUUGAGAAACAGAGCAUUUUUAUUUUUUGCAAAUUGGAUAAAUAAAAACAUUAUACAAAACGUCCGACAAAAUAAUUUCCACUUAGGCAGACUUCUUUAAAACCUAUCUGGCUGCACGAAUUGACUUUAGUGUUGUUUUUUUGGGAGAAAGUGCCGUCUUGCUGUCAUGCCGAGGUAUAGAAUAGCUCUAGACAUUUAUUUAAUUCUUCCUUGGACAUUUCAGUUAUGUAAUUUUCAAACUACUUUGAGCUUUUGAAUCAGUCUUAAAAAAAUUCAACAAAUUUUAAUGCUUAAAGAUGAAGAAUGUAAAUAAACCAGUGAAAUG